AUCUUUCAAACGUUUAUAUUUCAAAAAAAAUCAAUACAAUGAAAAAAAAAAAAAUUUCAGCCCCUAGGCAGGGUGCAGACCCUGGGCGCUAGGUGCCCACCUAGGCGGCUGCUCAGGGACUGCCGCCCAGUUUGGCCGUCGAGGUUUGGGCUAUGCGUCCAGACCUUCUGGACCGCCUAGGCAGCCACUUAGGUGUCGGGCGGUCUGUUUUUCUGAACACUGUCAUCGAUAAAUGUGCGUUCAAAAAAUUAUGCAUUCAUGGACUGUAUAAUCACAUUUGACUUCAGGUCCAGAAAUCUAUAUGCUUUGUUGUGUUUAGCAUAGCCCACAAAACACACGUAACAGAUAUAGGUCCAUGUUUGGGUCUCUUAAGGUUAAAGAACCUUAUUAAGGCUGCACAACCCAUUUAAAAUGUAAUAGGCUGACAUUAAAGCCUCUCCCCAUGAAUUAGUAGGGAGGUUUGAGCUGAUGAGCAUGGGGUCACAAGUGUACAAAUUUUCCUUUCUGCUAAAUGUUCUGUUGGGGUGUAUAUGGGGUAGUAACUUAGUGAAUAAUUCCAGUUUCUUCACAAUAUUUAACGAAGCUAGUGGAACAAUAUUCACAACCUCUGUUUCUUUUGAAAACCUUGGAUUUCUCAAAUACUCGGUCUUUGUUUCUAAUUAAAUAAAUGUAGGUGUAUCUUGAGAACCAUCAAUGGAAGUGACAAAAGUAUUUCUUCCCACCAUGGGCCUGUACUUCUCUCAUAUCACAAACAUCACUAUGUAUCAAUUUCUAUAACCUGAAACUUCUUUUUGCUUUAGGAAAGGGUUUCCUUGUAUUUUUUAUUGUAUAAAUACAUCAAAUAGAGUAUUUUACAAAUUUUCACACUUGGGAAUAAGGUCUAAAGUGCUUAUUUUCUUCAGAGCAUGAUAAAUUGAUAAUUAACGUGACUUAGCCUACCGUGCUGUGAGGACAGAGAAUCAAGUAUAUACACAGAAGAAGAUGUACUUGCUUCAUUAUGUGCGCUGACUUUGAACAUGCCUUCAGAUGUAUAACACAUUCUUGCAAAGCCACCAUUCUUCGACAAGAUGAUCUUGUCGGACUCAAAGACAAGUUUAAAACUCCUUGUUUCAAAAGGUGUGCGGGUACCCGAUUUCUCCAGACUUUGGGGGCAUGGUUCACAUCCAGAAGGGUGAGGACUUUGCCGAACAUGAAUUUCAAUUCAAUGUACCUUUACCAACUACUUAGAGAAAGAAUUGCCCAUAUAAAGGACAAUGUCCUUCCCCACCAUUUCGUAAGUCCUAAACAUGUUCGUGUUAAUACAGACAUGUUUGGUGGCUUUUGCGUCAACCCACCAUUCUGUAGUGCCCUCUACUACAUUAACUUUUGAGAUGAUGGCUACAAAUCUUUCUUUGGCUACACUGACUUGUGCAAGUUGCUUCUUUCAAAUUCAAUAGAAUUUCUGCACAUUGCUGGCUUUCUGCAAAAAUAGCAUUACGAAGGGUUUCUUACCUUCGUCUUGAGUUGUCUUUGACAUUGAAUUUUUGUUCUUCUUUUCUUCUUUCUUUUCAUGGGUUCGAUUCCUUUUUGCUAUCCUUGGCUUGGUUUUGUUGGGACCUUCAACUACGUGAGCUUUAGCGACCAUUUGAGACUUGUACUCUUUCAUAUCUCAAAGUCUGGUCUCCUCUUCAGUUCUUAAAUAAGUCAUUAACUUUCAAGGCUCAAAUUUGUUGACUUAUGCAUCAAUGUAUUUUUGUAGUCUUUAUAAGAGGGUAGCAAGUUUUCUGCUAUUGCACCUACAUGGAAGCACUCAUCAAAUUUAAUAGCAUUUGAUGCAAGUUCAUUGGCUAUAAUCAAAAAAUCAUGGACCUGAGCCAACAGUGAUCUCUUCUCUGCGAUACUUCUUUCUUCCAACAUCCUCCAACUCAUAUUUUGCUUUCAGAGUGUACCCCAGAUCCUUGGCAAUUGGCAUGCCUGAUAUAGAUAAAAAAAAUGAUCACUUGCCCUUUACAUAUAUAGUCAUCUUUGGGCAUUGUUGUAUUUCGAAGAUCGUUAAAAUCACAUUUUUUCUGAUCUUGCUGUCAAAUUGAUUUAGCGGUCAAUAGGUCUCAAUUUAACAUGGUAAAAGUAAGGUCAAUGGACCUCAAUAAAAUUAUGGAGAAAUCAAUCUCCUGAAAUCCCCUGCUUCUCAUGGCUAACUGUGAUGAACCUUUGUUAUGUUUUUCUUCCUUAAGGAAAAAACUUGUUCCUCACACUUUAAACCGUUUUAUAUGAGUGAGAAACACGUGCACACACAGACACACACACACAUACAUAUAUUUAUAUCUCCCAUAAGCCAUGGGAAAUAAGGAUAGUUCAAACAUUUAAUAAAAAAAAAUAAUUAAAGGGUAAGAAGCCACAUCAAAAGGAUGUGGGCUUCAACCCAUUCUCAUUACCUUCUCACUAACAUAUUGAAAAACAAAUAUAACACAUGGGACAAAAUCAUCAAUAAAACAAUAAUAUAUAUGAAGAGGGCAUGGCCCACUAGACUAGGAAGAGAGGUUGCUAGACCAUUUCUCAACGGCGGUGAAGUGUUCACUGCGGUCAUUCACCAUGGUGAAAAGAAACCAGUGAAAGAAAAGAAACUGCGGUGAACAAAAGAAAGGGCGAUGGUGGUCGAUGAGGACCACAACAAUUUAAGUGGUCCAUCAAAGAGAAAAGGAAAUAAAGCAAGCUUUGAAACAAAAAAUAAAUUAACAUUGUGAAAGGCUAGGAGAUUUGAUGGAGGGAAAAACUAUUCUUAUUUUUUAAUUUAUUUAAUAUCAAAGGAUUUAAUCUUUUUGUUUUAGUCUUAGGUUUUAUUUUUAAGUUCUUUUUAGGGAGUCUAGAAUUUUUUAUAUUUUUUAGGAUUUUAGGAGAUGUUUAGAAAAGUGGUUAGAAUACUUAUGGACUUAACUUGUUUUAUCAGGGGUACAAGUGUCAUUACAAAUUUUAUUCUAAGGGACUUAUGGGACAUUUUUAUAAAAUUUUACUUAAAGUGGGGGCAACUUUGGUCUUUUUUAUUAGUGUAGUACAUGGACAUGGGGUGUUAGGGUUUCUAACACUUAUGGGGUGUGAAUAGUAAGAAUAGAUUGUGAAUAGUGCCAGCAAGCCUAUCUACGGUUUUGGGUUCACCUUUUUGUGUGAGGAAAGCCAGGUCCCUCCAAAUCUGGUGUGUUUUGAUGGUUUAUUGAACUAUUUUUUGCCUCUUUUCUCUAUUCUCUGGUAUCAAGAUCCUUAUGGUUGGGGGCUCCAUCAGUACAAUGCAUAUUUUAGGGUUCAAGAUCCCCAAAUACUUGUGAUCUUGAUGCCGUCCUUUUAGGGAUCUCGAUUAUGACCUUUUGCAAUCUUGAUCCCAGUUUUUUAGGGACCUUACUCCCAAACUUGAAGGGUAUAAACAGCCGAGGACCAUAUAUACUUGUUAAAGUAUGGAUCUCUUUGUUUAUGGCUAGUGAACAAUUAAACUACACUUUAAGGAUCAAGAUCCCUAAUUGUGGGGAUUGAGAUCUCUAAUAAUGGGGAAAAUUAUCCGAAAAUUUGAAAAUUAAGAUCCCUUUCCUAGAGUGCGAGAGCAAGAUUCUAGAGUUGGAUCGCCACAUAGGUGGGAGGUCCCAGUAACUACGGGCCAGAUUGGGUUAAUUAGCCGGCCUACGUAUCAUAAUGGGUACCAUGUGAUUCAAUACUUGUUUAGUGGCCUCACAAGUUUGUGACCUAGUCAGAUUGGUGUGGCUUCUAGGUCUGGAUCCUAUUGGUUGGACUAGUUGGUUCGUUUUAGCUUUUAUAAUAUUAUUAUAUAAUGCUUCAAUAUAUUGUUACUCUGACAUCCAACUAAUUUCACCCUCAUCAAAUUGAAAGCUUGAGAAUGAUGAUUAGAUGGUGUAAAUAUCUCAUUGCAGUGGCUGCUCUUUUGUGAAUUUGUGGCAAUGGAUUUUAGCUCAAAUCCUUGAUUCACCUGUGUUCAAAUUGGAUUGUAAAUUAGAACCGUUCCUGUUGUCCUAUUUUGAAUUGCAUUAGGAAUAGGUAACCCAAUAAGAGUAUUUGCAAUCUAACCGUUGAAAGGUGUGAUAGGGAGCUACCUCACAUGAAGGCUGUUUCUAUCUUUUGUUUACAAAGUGAUCCCUAUCAAAUCUAUGCUGAAUGACAUUUCAAUUUAGUUCAUACUGCUUUGUACAUGCAUAAUAUCAAAGCUACGUCACUGAGCUUGGAGAUUUAAUUUUAAGGAAAAUUCGGGUUCUAGUGAUUGUUUCCUUUUGGUUUUGACUUCAUCCAAUUUGGAGGUUUGAUUUGUGAGUCGAGAUCAAGUCCUCACCAUAAUAGAGAUGGAAAAUUCAAAUCUUGUGGUACUCUUGCUGCACAUUUCAGGUUGUCGACAGCAUUUUCUCUGAGUACAGAUACUGAAAAGGAGUACAUUUCGCGUGUUCCUUAUGCGAGUGCUGGUGGAAGCCUUAUGUAUGCAAUUGUUUGCAUUCGUCCAUAUAUUUCUCAUGUUUUUGGUGUUGUUAAGAAGUACAUGUCUAAUCCAGGAAAGGAGCAUUAACAUGCGGUAAAAUGGUUGCAUUACCUAAGGGGUGCAUCAAAUGUGAUUUGGAUUGUGGAAGAUCUACUAUAGGUGAUGUGUUACACUUGCAGGAAUUCAACUAGUUGGAGGUCAAUGCUUCAAACUGUGGUUGCCUUGUCUACUACUGAAACAGAAUGCAUGGUUGAAGGGAGUUAGAAAUUGGAGAGUAUGCAAUGGAAUUUUGUUUUUGGUUGAUAUGAACUUUAUACCAAGUUGUCAAUUACACAAAUUGUCUUGUACCAAAUUAUUUUAGACUGGGCACAGAUUAUGGCCAGGUGUUGUCUGUGAGCUAGUUUUUCUACAUAAUGCUGUAAUGAUGUUUACCUAAUGAAUAUGAUACAUGAAGAGGGAAAACAAGUUGAAAAGGAUAUGCAAUGCAGAUUUUGGGAUUUUGAGGGGUACAACAGAGAGAAAAAAUAGGCAAUGUGGGAGAAAUCUUAAGAUGGGAGGUGUAUAUUCUCAAUUAAAAAUGUUAUCAUAUGGCACUCUCUGUCGCCCUAAUUUUCGCCCUCCACUGUUUUACUUUUCUACGGUGAUUAUGUCUUACAUGCCUCUCAUUUCCUACGUCAUUCUCUCUCAUCUCUUCUGUGGUGUCUUUUAGUAAAAUUAAUAGUUUUUGUUAUAAGCCAGUCAGUUUCUAUUUGUAUGUGUGUGUGUGCAUGUAUGCAUGUGUGUAUUAUAUAUAUAUACUCUCUCUUAUUGAUCUAUCUUCCCCUCCUUAUUCCUUUCCUUUUAUAACAUGUCAUCGUAUCUUUUUUUUUAAAUCUUUUUGUAAAACUGGCUUGAGCAUCCGUCCUUGCAAGUUUUGCUUGAGGUUCGGAGGUCUUAGUAUUCGUAAUUUGAGACAGCACAACUCGGUGCUACAUGGGAAAUGGUGGUGGCUAUUGGGUACCUAGUCAGACCACCUUUGAAUCGACAUCAUGAAACACAAAUAUGGCCUAAUAUCCUAUUAUUGGGUUUCGGAGAUUAGGGUGAAUAGUAGAGCUUCAGCAGUUUGGAGAUCUAUCUCCUCCUCUCUAGCCUCGUUCAAAAGCCUCAUUCGUUUUCACCCUAGAACUGGGAAUAGGGUCCCGUCUCUGGCAUCUGGUUUGACCAAGUACCCCUUAAGGUCCAAUUCCCUCAACUCUUUUCGCUUGAUCGAUUCCAACAGGCUUCAGUGGCUGACGAGAUGACCUUAGCCGGCUCGUUGAAACGGGGACUUGGUCUUUAGAAGAUCUCAUAGAUUCAAAAAUUUCCAUCUUCUCAGAGCUAAGCAUUGUUUCUUGGCUGUCUCAUGGUGAGGAUCAUAUUAUAUGGACCCCCUCUCCCUCGGGUUUAUUCUCGGUCUCUUCAUUUUAUCACAAACUCAUUCGGCCACCCACUUUUCCCCUCUCCCCUACAUCCCCUGUAGCUCAAGCCUAGGCAUCUUUCGCCCCCCCUCCAGGUUUUCAUGUGGCUUGAUCCUCUCCUAGAGGGUCCUUACUGUGGACCACCUCCAGAGGAGAGGCAUUGCCCUUCCAAAUUGUUGUGUUCUAUGUGUGGCUGCGGAAGAGAGCAAUGCCCAUCUUUUUAUUCAUUGCAUGUUCGCCUAUAUGAUUUGGGGCAAAGUCCUAAGCCUUUUCCACUACCAGUGGGUCCUGCCCGCCAAUGUACCUCAGCUCUUAAACUCCUUUCAACCUUUUCCAUGGCGUAAAGCGGGCAUCUCCCUAUGGAAAUCUUCGGUAGCAGCAACAGUUUCGGCCUUGUGGAUUGAACGUAAUAAUCGAAUUUUUCAGGGGAAGCCCUAUUCUCCAAAAUUAAAUCUUUGAUAGUUUUAUGGGCUACUAACCAUAAGAGUUUCAUAGGAGUCGCACUCUCUGCCUUCUACUAAAAUUGGGAGGCCCUUCUUCUUUCGUGCCCUAAUCGCAUUCCUCGGGCUCCUGCUUGGAGCCCUCUCUUCUUGGGACACUUAAAGCUUAAUUUUGAUGGCUGCUCUUUAGGUAACCUUGCCUCAUCGGGAAUUGGUUCAAUUAUCAUAGACCAUAAUGGAGUCAUUUUGGCUUCGAUUUUCAAGAAUAUCGGCCAUACUGACUCCAAUACUGCUGAAGCUCUUGCUCUGCUUGAAGGAGUUAGGCUUCUCCACCCUUCUAGGAUUUCCCUAAUCGAUGUUGAGGGUGACUCUAAGAAUAUUAUUGGUUGGGUGUCUAAAAUCUCUCCUAUCCUGUGGAACUCUAGCUCUCAUUUUUGAUGAAAUCGAACACCUUUACAGGGAUACACACAUCUCAUGGAAGAAUAUUCGAGGGAGUCAAACCAUGAAGCUAACACCCUAGCUAAGGAUGCCGCUUGCUUGGAUUACGUGCAGAUUUUUUGAUGGCUCAUUUUUUAUGGCCCCUUAUAUUUUAACAUUGUAAUUUUGUAAGAAUGGCCUUUGUUUAGUUUUCACAGUUUUUACCCUACGGGGGCUGUUGUAUAUAGGGCAUCUGCGUGUGGAUUGCCAAUUUUUUGUACUCUGUAUUCCCCUUUCUAAUCCAAUACAAUGUUAACAGAUUCAAAAAGAAAAUAAAAAUGCAAAUCGUCUUUCGGUCAAUACUCAUUAUGUGGAGCUUCCCUCGUUAAAUGUUAGGUUUUGGCAUAUCAGUUAGAAGGUUGUGUGAUUUUUUGUUGAAGUAGUAUUUGGAAAACCUGACUAGUGGGCCAAACCAUUCUUGGUGGAACCAAUCUAGAUCCGUGAACCGGCAGGUUCCGAUCUGGUUCAUGAGGGGAAAAUUGUAUAGAAACUGAAAGAAUAAUAAAACAAAAUAAAACCUUUGGAAGAGGGUGGGUCCAUGGGUUUUUUGCCUCAGGCACAUGCCCCAUUGGUUUAGGUUCAAACAAGGUGAUCCGAUCCGCAUUUUAAAACACUACUUUUUAUCGAGUUCCUUAUAGUCCAUGUGAGCUGUGCCCUCAUUUGCUUUUUGAUAAUUUCUUUUAUUGCGAACUUAACCCUUGGGAAAUUUAGCUUUUCGUAAUUUACUUAUAAUUACCUUAAUAACUGUUAAAUUUCAAGUAUUUGCAUCAAGGGAAUUGUUAAUGCUUGACUGAAAGUUCCAAUUUGACAUUUAGGUGAACAUUUGUGAGAUUUGUGGUGUUAGAGGCUACAGUAAUUGUUUUAUCCUCUGCAAUGAGUGUAAUCGGGUUGCGCGACAUCGCUAUUGUUUUAAGGAACUAUUGGGAGGUGAUUCUGGGUUCGUCUGGGCAUGCGAUGGAUGCAAGUUUAAGGACUCUCAAGUUACCUCCUCCAUGUUUCCAAAAACAUUGAGUACCCAUUGUGCUACCAAAUGCAUCGCUUCAGGAAAGAAGAAUGGGGCAUCCAAUGUUAAGGGAAAGCGGUCUAGAAAAAAGUGCAAAAGAAAGCUUAGUAUUUCAUAUGGAGCUGAUGACUUGGAGGAAGAGAAAGCCCCAAAUGACACUGGGAAUGAAAGGGCUACAUGCAAAGAUAACUCUACCACAGAUAUGGCCUUGGCAUUGGAUGUUGCAGUUCCAGUGCAUAUGUUGCAAGAUGCUUCUGAUGUUCCAUCGGAGAUAAUUCACUCGCAUGGUUCAUUUCAUCAAGCGACAUAUGUACCUGCACAACCAAUAAUUGAUUCCAUAUGGAGAGGUGAAUUUGAAACUGGGAACAAAAUCUAUGGCAUGUUUGUAGCGCACCCAUCGAACAAAGCCAUUUCAAGAGUUCAUGAAGGGGCAAGGAAGCUACCUGCUACGCUUCAUAUGCAAAAGUUACCAAGAUGUGAAGUGUGGCCUCAACGAUUUCAGACUUUACCUCCUAAUGAUGAGGACAUUGGUCUUUAUUUCUUUCCAGAGAUGGAUGAAAGAAGUUUGGUGCUGUUUCAUGAGCUGCUGGAAGAUUUGAUGCAACAUGACAUAGCCUUGAAGUUUGUUGUGGAUAGCAUUGAACUGCUAAUAUUCUCUUCAAUCCAACUCCCCAAAGAAACUCAGAGAUUCAGUGGGAGAUAUUAUAUCUGGGGAAUAUUCAGACAAGUUACGCAGAAGAAAUCAUGUGAUAUGGAGCAGGAAGAGAAGUGUGAUGCAUGUGAUGAGAAUGGUGGGUCAGAGAUAUCAAAUCCUAAUACUCCUGUUUCUGAAUCACAAGAAAAGUUUACAAAGUGUAGAGUGAAUGGUGCACCUUCCUAUUGUGAGGAUGACAUGUUAGAGCUUUUUCCUCUUAGGGAAGAGAACUUGGCCAUUGUUACUAGGAUGGGAAGUGAUUGUGAGCUUGAUCUUGAUUUAGGGCUUGGCCGAUCUGCACCCCGUUCUGGGAAGGUUUAGUUCAGUUGAAGUCUUUCAAGAACUCAAAGCCGGGUUCUCUGUUUUCUGACAAGAUGUCUGGAUAUCAGUAUAUAGGCCUAACGGUUAGGCAAGAAAGACACCUUCAUCUUUCUUUUCACCUAGAAAUAUUUUGCUGAAAUGACAUCGAUUCGAAGAGACCAAACUGUUCUGGGGAUUCUCUGCAGAUUACAGGUUUGUAUAUAAAAUACCAGGGUUCUUGCCGGCAAUGUCACCAGGAAGUUUCAUUUCAUGUUUCGUCCUAUGGUACUGUAGAAUUUUUGUGGUGUUUAUCAUCAAAUCAUAGGAAUGCAGAGUAUUUUUUGGUAACUGAGUUUGUAAAGUGGUUUUUUACCUUUUUUUAGCAGAUCUUGUGGAUUUGACUUAUGGUUUUUCUAUCUGUAGAAUUUGUGCUCCCAUUUCUCUCUGUUUGUGCAGUACGUACUGGCCAUUUUGUCAUGAUACUCCUCUAAAUGAUUCACUGGCACCAUUUAGGUGUCUUGAUAAUUUCCAUGAAUGUUAGUCUUUGGAAGCUUAUGUGAUA